AACAGCGCUUAGUACUUAGGGCUCAGCUCAACAGCGGCCUUGUUCUACCUCUAAGGAAUUCCUGUUACGUUCUGCUCACGUAAGAAAGGCUUUUGCACAGAUUGGGCUCGUUUCAGAGCUUAAACGACGGAUCCCUGCUCAUUCGCGGGCGACCACAGGCCGGUGGCCAUGCUGACGGUGAACACGAUCCUGAAAGCGGUCAGCUUGUUUGUGGCCGAGCUCAUCAGCUCCGUCACGGACUGGUUCCAGACCUCACCGACAUGGGCCGACCCACAGGUGCUGGAGGACACGGAGCUGAAGACCACCGGGGGUGUCCAUGAGAGACAUCGGGCCAGAAGUCUGUGGGAGAAGAGCGGAGCGGUGGUCAUGGUGGUCCGCCGGCCUGGAUGAUUGCUGUGCAGAGAGGAGGCCGCAGAGCUGUCCUCUCUCAAGUCGCAACUGCAGGACCUGGAGGUGCCUCUCUUUGCUGUUGUCAAAGAGAACCUGGGCAAGGAGCUGGACUGCUUCAAGAAGUACUUCAACGGGAAAGUCUAUGUGGAUCAGAAGAGAAAUUUCUACGGGCCUCAAGAGCGGUGGAUGUUCCUCUCCUUGUUCCUGCGUAUUGGAGUGUGGAGGAACCUGUGGCGGGCCUACCGCAGGGGCUUCAGGGGAAACCUAAGAGGGGAAGGACUGGUGCUGGGGGGAGUCUUUGUCAUUGGGCCUGGAGAUCAGGGAAUUUUGCUGGAGCACCGUGAGAAGGAGUUUGGGGAUAAAGUCAACAUGCUGGCUGUCCUCAGAACUGCCCGCAAAAUGCGAGAUGAGAUGAAAAGAUAGACCUGACCUCGUCGGGGUUUAUGUAUACAUGUCUGAUGACGUCAUGAUGAAAUGUCUCAAAAUGGGCCACUUUGACAGUUUGCUGCCUUAUUGUUUCUGGUUUGCUGUCGCGGCUUUUUGUGUGCUUUAAUGAUGAUCUGACUCUAAACUCUCCAGAGGGAGCAGCUCUGAUGUUUGGACACAAACAACCGCGCUGCCCGCCGGACACUAUAGGAAGAGUAAACUAUUAAAAGUUUUAGCCCGUGUUGUGUUUAAACACACGUGAUUCAACAAUAAAUGGGUUGGUGACUGAUACAAA